GGAAGUGUGUUGGAUUUUUGAUCGUUUCCUCUUCUUCGCCUCCUCGUCUUCUUUUAAAAAAUAAUAUUCGUGAAGCACACAGAGAAAGAAGAACAUAUUUUAUCCGACUCUCUCUUAAAGGACCAAGUCAUUUUACUAACGGACUGUACUGUCAUGGCGGACGAUCGUUACAUUUAGGCAGAAGAAAUGUCAACACUGGGGACAGGAUCCUAAUCAGACCGCAGGCACCAUGAGGUGACGACUGUGACAUUUUGUAUUUUCUGCCGACUGGGACAUAUGGCAAGGAUCACUUUUUCCUGCCUGCCGGCCUCCUGGUACUGCAGCGUGUCCCUGCUGUCUCUGGGCUGUGCUUCCAGGCAGAGACUGCUGCUGCUGCUGCUGCUCUUCAUCACCUCCACCAUUCUUCUCCUGGGAACAUACCAAAGGCAGCUGUGGGGCUCACAACGACGGCCUGGGUCCCAAAUCAACAAGUACCUUUCCAUUGCAGAGACCAUGGAGGCCACAGACGUCCUCAACCCUGCUCUGAACUAUGGGAUCGUGGUGGACUGUGGCAGCAGUGGGUCCAGGGUCUUUGUGUACUACUGGCCCCCCCACAACGGGAACCCUCACACACUGCUGGACAUCAGACAGAUGAGGGACCAGAACCGCAAACCAGUCGUCAAGAAGAUCAAACCUGGUAUCUCCACCCUGGCGAACACGCCAACGAAGGCCAGCGACUACCUCUAUCCUCUGCUGAGCUUCGCUGCUGCUCACGUCCCCAAGAGCAAACACAAAGAGACGCCGCUCUACAUCCUCUGCACCGCCGGCAUGAGGCUGCUGCCCGAGAGCCAGCAGGCAGACAUCCUGGAGGACCUGGUCACUGACGUUCCCUUGGAGUUUGACUUCUUGUUUUCCCGUUCCCAGGCUGAGGUCAUCUCUGGGAAGCAAGAAGGAGUGUACGCAUGGAUUGGCAUUAAUUUUGUGUUGGGCCGCUUUGAUCAUGCUGAUGAUGAGGACGCCACAGUUGAGGUGACAACAGGCUCUCAGAACCAGCAGCCAAUCAGCAGGCGGCGCACCGUGGGCAUCAUGGAUAUGGGCGGAGCUUCGCUGCAGAUCGCUUAUGAGGUGCCCAGCGCCAUCACCUUCAGCUCACCACAAGAGGAGGAGGCAGGCAAGAGUGUUCUCGCUGAGUUUAAUCUGGGCUGCGAUGUUGAACACACACAACAUGUGUACAGAGUGUACGUCACCACGUUCCUCGGCUUCGGAGGAAACAUGGCUAGGCAGCGAUACGAGGACCAGCUGGCCAACAACACACUGGCCAAGAACAGGUUUCUCACCACACAGACGGGUCUGACUGAGGACAAACCGUACCUGGACCCCUGUCUGCCGGUCAGCCUGUCAGACACAGUGACAAGGGAAAACCGCACGCUGUACCUGAGGGGUCAGGGGGACUGGACUCAGUGUCAAGAGGCCCUACGACCCUUCCUGGGCCUCCACAACGGCACCAUGUCACCAGGGGGCGUCUACCAGGCUCCCAUCAACUUCAGCAACAGCGAGUUCUACGGCUUCUCAGAGUUUUUCUACUGUACAGAGGACGUGCUGCGGCUGGGGGGACAGUACGACAGCCAGAAGUACUCCAGAGCUGCUAAAGACUACUGCUCCACUAAGUGGUCGACACUGAAACAGCGUCUAGACAACAAGCUUUUCUCCCAGCAGGCCGACAUCGGCAGACUCAAGUAUCAGUGCUUUAAGUCGGCCUGGAUGUACGAGGUGCUGCACUCUGGCUUCCGGUUCCCAACCGACUACCCGAGUCUGAAAACAGCCCAGCUGGUUUAUGACAAGGAGGUCCAGUGGACUCUGGGAGCCAUCCUGUUUAAAACCCGCUUCCUGCCUCUCAGGGACCUGCAGCAGGAAACGCUGCGGCAGAACCACCCCAGCUGGCUGCGCUCCUCCUUCGUCUACAACCACCACCUGUUCUCGCUCUGCAUCCUGGUGGUGGUGCUGGCCAUCCUGCUCUACAUCCUGCGCCUGCGGAGGAUCCACCAGCGGGAGCAGCGGCAGGCCGAGGCCCUGAACCUCCUCUGGGUUGAGGAGGGAGAGGCCCUCCUCCCCUGAGAGACUCAUCAGUGUGGGAGGCUCCGGACUGAUGACCUGUUGGGUCUUAUGUCCUCCAGAACUACAAGUGAGUACAGAGAGGAAACCUGAAAACCACUAACCAGCCAAGGGUGUGACUUGGCCAACCAGGAUAUACGGGAACAUUUCAUUGCGUGGAAAAACAUCACAGACUUUAAGUUUAAUGAGCCUGGAAAUCAAACUGCUCUGUACAUUCUUUGAUCGUGCAGCUUUAAACACAGAGCCCAUCUCAGACUGGAAAGAUGUUCUCUCUGUUCGCUUUCUUCUCUGAAAGAAAAGGAUCAACUCGGCAUAACAGGACUAUCAUUAAUUUGCUACCCAUUUUUUUGACGAUCAAAAGUUUCUGUGUUGGUGCUCAGAUUAAUUUAAUGGUGGUCUGGAAAAGGUGAACUGGAAUCAGCAGGUUGAUAAAUGAGGACAGAGGUGGCAGAGGUAAUUAAUCAUAGGAAUAUGGAUUUUUAAAAGACUUUGAGGGGCUGCCCAAAGGCACAUAGGGGCAAAAUGUAACUCCCCCACAACUAACCCUGUUAGGAUAAAUAUGUACUUUCCAAAACAGAGAUCAGUCGUUGCAACACCUGCAAGCAAGGCGGCUCUGCUGACGAGUCCAGUCGGGCCUGUCCACAGUGAAACUAGAUCUCAACCAUUUUAACAUCCUCGACAUUCAUGUUCACUGGAAAAUGAAUCCUAAUGACUCUAGUGGGACUAGAUUAACAGCUGUCCAACACUACAGUUCAUGACUAAUGUUUCCUCAGCUGUACUUUUGGUUUAAGUCUAACAGACAGUGUUUAUGUUAUAUGGGAUGGGUGAUAGAGAUGGGAAAGAUUCUCAUGCUGAGCCUUCAUUUCAGAGCAUGCAAAAUCCUCUGACGGACAUAAAGCAUCAGUCAGGAGCUUUUUGAUUGACAGAUUAGAUGUUGAGCAUCUUUUACAUGUUGAAAACUGCUUUUAAUUACAGUAACUCUGAUGUGAUGUUAGUUUUGCAUGACUUAAAAUGAAUGUUAGCUUGUUACCAUGACAGCUGCACCUACAUUAAAAUGUUAAACACAAGCCAACAUUUUUUACAGUUCGCUGGACUGUCACAAAACUGUAACAGAACAUGUUAAUUUAAAGUUACAAUAUGAAAGAUCUUGUUCCUUCUCUUUGGCAGCACUGGUGGCAAUAAUUGGUAAUUGCAGCUGUUUUUUUUAGAUCUCACAUUCCCUUGUUUUUGCAGCUUCAUCGUCCGUAGUUAUCUCUCUCUUUUUAACGGUUUACUUGCAACUCUUUCAGAGAAAGGAAAAAAAACAGUAUCCCGCUUUGCACAAAAGUGAGGUCAGGAGGUCCACCUACCCUCUCCGCUAAAAU